CAAUCACCAGCCAUCCCUCCACAGUCGGCCCAUUACAUUUCUAUUUUGAAAGCUGCUUAUUAAGCUGGGCCUGCCCCUGAGAGACAGACAGGUUUCGCGGUAUAAAAUAUCGUGUGUAUAUAGUUGCCUGUUGGGAUUGUUGAGGUGUACGGGAAACUGGACGGCUCUCCAGGGGAGAGAGAGAGAGAGAGAAAAGAGAGAGAGAGUGGGGUGCGCGCCAUGCUAGGAUGAGGGGUGACGGGAGGACAGGGCUGAAAAGCGGUGAAAUAUCAAAGCCAGGAUGGGAGCUGUCAUCGUCGAGCCAACAUCAUGGGUGGCGUGUUGAAUUAGAAUGCCUCCCCACACCAUAGAACACAGUGUUCUCUCCCUUCUACUUUUCCCUUCUCGUCAAAACCCCACUCUCUCUCCCUCAUUUCAUGGAUAAAUGGAGGGGACAGCACAGGCGGACAGGUUAUUUCGUAGUUUACUUCUCAAACACUGCGCGGCGCUUUUGUCGACUCACGGAGCUCUGAACAGUGAAGGUCUCGGCGCGGCCGCCACUACUUUCCUGGAUAUUGCAGAGUACGCGUCGUUCUAUUGAUUAUCUCUCAUUCAAUCGUAACAGUGAAUAGUGUAUUUCAUCAUAAUUCCAGUUCUAAGUGAUAAUUAGUGAAAAAAAAAAAUAAUUUGUGAUCAGCUUAAAAGUGUUUUACCAAAUGGUUGUGCUCGAGGAGGGCGGUAUGUUGACCACUGGACAUAAUCAGUAUCUCCAGCCGGAUUAUCUUUCUCCGCUUCCAACAACGUUGGACGCGAAGAAGAGUCCAUUGGCACUAUUAGCACAGACGUGCAGUCAAAUUGGUGCCGAUUCACCGUCAAAAUCAUUGAUAUCACCAUUGGAUAAACAAUCAAAGUCUGCUGCUUCAAAUGCAAGAUCACCGCCGGCGGCAAAAUUGGAACGUACAAGAUGCAGUCCGACGGAUACAAAAACCCUUGCAUUCAAGCCUUAUGAAAUAAAUGUGAUUGCAAAAAAAUCUUCCGAUGAUGGAAGACCAACAUCAAAAGCAAGUGUUCACAGUGUUAGUGCACAGGAUAGUAUCAGUGUGUGUGAUAUGAGUAAUUCGGAGAAAAAAUCAUCGGGUAGUCGAACCCCAGUGGGUAGGAAAUCAACAUCCCCUACAAGUCAAACACCAAUUUCAAAUUCAACAAUAAGUGAUCGCAAAACACCCGCCGAUCGUGAAAAAGUUAGUGAAUCGCCAAGAAAUAAUGGUGCAAGUCCAAUAAUACGCUCGGGAAUGGAAAUUCUCUCAGGACAUACAAAAGAUAUUGGUUAUAAAUCAAUUCCCGGUUUUGGUGGUGCAAAUCCCCUUUGUUGUCCUCCGGGUAUGGCGGAAAAUCCUGCAUUUAGGCCACCAUUUGCUGGUGCAUCACCAUUUUCUCAUCAUCAUGCGGCAACUGCAGCACUUUUGGGAUAUCCACCAUCGUCAUCUGCUGGUAAUAAUCCAUAUCUUAGUUACGCGCGUGUUAAAACUCCCGCUGGUGGUGAAGCACUUGUACCAGUUUGCAAGGAUCCAUAUUGUACUGGUUGUCAGUAUAGUAUGCAUAAUGCCCAAAUGAUGAUGGGCGCCGGUUCAUGUCCCAGUGGUUGUACACAGUGUGAUCAUCAAAAAUAUGGUUUGGCUAUGGCACUAUCAUCAUUGGGACCAAUGCCACCACCAUCAUUGAGUUAUCCAUCAACAUUAGCCGCUGCCGGUGGACGACCAUAUGUUUGCAAUUGGAUUGCCGGCGAAUCAUAUUGUGGAAAACGAUUUACAACAUCUGAAGAACUUUUACAACAUCUUCGUAGUCACACUAGUUUGGCAAGUGGUGAACAUGCGGCGGCAAAUGCUGCACUAUUGGGUUCACCACAUACACAUCCACUAUUAUCGCCGUCGGCUGCACUUCAUCGUGCCGCUGCUGCUGGUGGUGGUUCUUAUCCUGCACCUUCACUAAGUCCAUUAAGUGCGCGAUAUCAUCCCUAUGGUAAACCAUUGACUGGACCACUUCCUGCAUCGCUUGCGGCAUCACCAUACAGUGCAUUCAAUGCUUUAGGACCAUAUUAUUCACCCUAUGCAAUUUAUGGUCAAAGAAUUGGAGCUGCUGUUCAUCCGUAAUUUAUUGGAACUCUUGCCGACGGAACGAAACAGGGACCAAAAUGCGUCGUCCCGGUUAAAGAGAAAGAGACUGUCCUUUACGUGAAUGUGUAUAUAUAAAAAAAAUGCCCAAUGGCAUAAUUGUAAAAUAGAAAUUUAUUUAAAAAGAAAAGAUCUAUAUAUGAAAAAAAAAUUAUUACUGCAAAAAAAAUUGAUUGGUGUAUCGACGUUUAAUAUCUCGCGUGUUGCAAAGAAAAGCAACUACUGUGGUGUGUUUUUAUUUACCAUUAAUUUUACUGUUAAAAAUUUGUGACAAUAUGAAUGUGAUUAUUAAUUUUGUCUUAAAUUCUUUGGAUUUAUAUGAAAAAUAGUUAUUUUCCUCUUCUUUGAUAUUUUUUUCUUAAAUAAUUAAAUUGCAAAAUUUUUUCAACAAUCGGAUAUCCGUAAUGAGGAAUUUUCAACAAAUUGUGUAGCACAAAAUUUUUCCUUCUCCCAGUGAAUGACAAUCGACUCGAUAAGUUUCAGAAACUUUUACAGAAGGAAACACACUGUCCAUACUGUAACUGUGAUAUUGUAUUAUUUUUUCAAAAAAAAAGGAUAUUAGAUGAUACCUUCGUUUCGCGAUUAAUUGAGUCGAUUGAUAAAAAUUGUCAACUAAUAAAUGUUUUAUGAAAAAAAAAAAAAAAUUUCUAAAUGAAAUAUCGAAUUCGCAAUCACACACAGAAAUAACAAGAUUUAUGUGCUAAAUGCAACAGUGCACGCAUACGAUAUGUCAUUCAUCUUGUAAAUAUGACUUGUAAAUAAUGUCGUUGAGUUUCCAUACUGCUUUAAUAAAACAUGUUUGUAGAAUCAUAUAUAUAUAUAUUAUAUUAUAAUUUGACGUGAAAA